ACUUUCCUAUCAAAAAAUAAAUCUGCCAUGCGGCUCUUGUCUGCAGUUUAUAUUACGAGACAGAGUUAACGCAUCGUCGUCUUAGACAACCGGAAAUCGGAAUGUAUAGGCAAAAUGCCGUAUCUUCAUCCCACAGAAUGGAUCGACAAGGGUCUCUCCAUUGUGGGCCGUCGGACAGGGGUCAUUGCGCUGUUGUUUGUGGGGACGGUGUUAUUGAGUGUCGUCAUCUUUAUUAGUCCCUCCCAUCCGAAGUCAGUGUACCGUUUUGAUAAUAAUGGGAAAACUGCGACAGCCAGCGGAAUCGUUUUGAAUUUUACAUCGGAUCGGCUAUAUUCCAUUCAGCCCAACGUGUGUUCACAAAAUGGCCGGCAUCCGCACCUCGUGCUCUUCAUCCCCUCACGUCCGGGCAACACAGAGGACCGCGCAGCCAUACGGGAAACCUGGGGUAUGCACGCCCGUCUCUGCAACGUCCGCAUCGUCUUCGGCUUCGGCCGCAUCGACUCCACAGAGACGCAGCAUGAAGUGUACGUAGAAAACAGCGUCUACGGGGAUCUCCUGCAGGUGGCCGACGUCCCGGAUGCGUACCGCAGCCAGACCAAGCUUGUGCUGGCGUUUCUAGAAUGGGGCGCGGCCAACUGCCCGGGUGCCCGGUUUAUCGGUAAAGCCGACGAGGAUACGUGGAUCAAUCUGCAUGAAGUGAUGCGGUACUUGGAGAUGCCGCAGGCGGCGUACUCCAUCACCGGGCAUUUCAUUAUCAACGGGACGGUGUUCCGGAAACCGGAAGAGAAAUGGUACUUGACCGUUGAAGAGUACCCCAACGACACGUACCCGCCCUUCCCGCUCGGCCAGUUAUACGUCUUUCCCAAUGAUCUCCUGCCUAGUGUCCUCUCCGCAUCCCAGCGUCUGUCCAUGCACUGGUUGGACGAUGUAUUCAUUGGUGGACAAAUCCCUGCACUGUUGCGCAUCCCGCACCUUCACAUUGCGACACGCGCCCAAUUAAGUGAAGCCAAGAACCUGAUGAAAAACUGCACGAACUCCGGAGGAGCGAAUGCCGUACGUUUCAACUGUGAUUGCGUCGGGCGCGAUUGGGUGAUCAUCCACGAGACACCGGCGGCGGCCAAGCGCGAGAUCUUUUAUGAUCCCUGCAUGAAGAUUUAUCGGCAAUACACGUGUUCAGUGCUUUCGGAACAGUAAAUCAUUGUAUUUUUUGUAUUCCGUAGCAUUAGAUCUGUAGUUCUGUAGUGUAUGUAGUACUCGUACAAAGAUUGUACGAGUAUCUCGUGAAAUGGGAUAAUGGCCUAUGGCUAAUGUGCCGUAGCAACGGUAUUGUUGUUGUCCGUUAUUGUUGCCAUGUCUAGUGUUUAGUUGGUUGUUUGCUGCUGUCCCGAGCGGACAUAAUAAAAGAUUAUGCCGUUCGUUCAAUACAUGACAAUGGCGUGAUAAGGAUGUAGCUUUGUGUCAGAGGGGCGUAUGUGCCCAGAGUGACGACACCACGAGCGGAACGACAGCGAAGGAUGCAGACCACUCCAUCCGAAACAGCGGAUGUCAAAUAUGCUGGAAAGAAGGCCAGAAAGAGGAAAGGUCAGAAGGACGAUCCUAAAGACCGAGUGAAUCCCGUGAUGGAAGCCAGAGUAAUGAAUGGCCAGUGCCAUCCGGAGGAAGCAAUGGAGGAGAGAGUUAUCCUCAAAGUGAAGCCAGAGAUGGAACCGAGAAGAGAGCGGUUGUCCAUCCGAAGGGCGAGAAGAGUGACAUGGAGUUAUCCCGACAGGAUGCCAGUAAAGGGCGUGACCUGCGGAGUGAAAAUGAGUCGUCCGACAGGAAGCCAAUGGAGUAUGGCGUGGCCUGCGGAAGUGCCUCCAUGAAAGCAAGAAAGGAAGGAGAGUGCCAGGAACUGCCGAAGGGCGUUGCCUGUGAAGGACGCAGUGGCGUACCGUACGAGAGCGCAGUGGCGAACUUUUCGGAAGGACCAGCAAAAGGUUGCUAGGGAAGUACGAAAGUUUAAUUGCAGUGACAAGUUGUGGAAGAUUCCUUUGGAAUCUGUUUAUUAUUUUGAGAAUGUCAGUGAGCCAACCGGCUGCCGCUGUCCCCGAUUGUUGUUUCCUCCCACCCUCCCGUCUUCGGAUUAUUGUGGAUGGUGGAUGUCUGCAUAGCUUUUUCUAGAAUGUUCCUUGUGCUACUGUGCUAAUUUUAUGUUUUUAGUACAACAUGCUGUUUUAAGAUGACCUUGCGGCCCGUCUGAUUGGAUUGCCGCAUUCUGUUAGCAUAUUGUGCUUAUUUUGGUCAGAGCCUCAGCCCGACUGGUAGAAGCUUUCUGCCCAUGGUUUAGCUUUUAUUGAAUAAACCUAACCCCCCAUG